AUGUCGUCCCCGCACUCACGGCCCAUCAAGCGAUUGUUGGUCGCCAACAGAGGAGAAAUUGCCGUUCGUAUUCUCCAUGCAGUACGAGAGUUACCCGAGCCAGUUGAGACAUUCGCUCUCUACACAUCAGAUGACCGAUCGCACUGCGAUCUAGGGCGACCACAGCAUGCGAUUGAAAUCCCAUCGGCGUCAUCAUAUCUCGAUAUUUCCCUCCUUAUAGAAAUAGCCCAAAAGCACUCCAUUGACGCCGUCCAUGGGGGGUAUGGAUUCCUCAGCGAAAGCGCUGAAUUCGCAUAUCGCAUGUGGCACGAAGCUGGGUCUCUCGUUAUAGGACCUGGAUGGGAAAACCUCGCCCGAACAGGCGAUAAGCUGCAAGCAAAACAGCUAGCGCAGCAAUGCGGCGUCCCUGUUUUGGAAGCCAUGGGGCAACCUACCUCCAACGUGGAUGAAGCACAUGCGUUUGCUACACAAAUUGGUUUCCCAGUCAUGAUCAAAGCUGUUGACGGUGGAGGUGGUCGUGGAAUUCGCCUUGUUCGCGAGGAGCGUGAGCUGGAUAAUAGUAUUCAGAGAGCUAUUGGCGAGUCACCGUCUCGGUCUGUCUUUGUUGAGAAAGCAGCCGUGGACGGAUUUCAUCACGUUGAGAUUCAGAUUAUUGGUGAUGGCACGGGUCAGGUGCGACAUCUCUGGGAAAGAGAUUGCAGUGCUCAGAGGCGGUUUCAGAAAGUGGUUGAAUGUGCCCCAGCUUUGAUGCGGGAUAGAGCUUUGGUUGGUCAAGUGAUCGAUUCUGCGCUCAAGAUGGCAAGUAAAAUCUGUUAUCAAUCAUUGGGAACGUUCGAGUUUCUGGUCAGUGAACAGCGCGGGGAAUUCUACUUCUUGGAGGUGAACCCGCGUCUACAAGUCGAGCAUACCAUUACGGAAUCUAUCAGUGGCAUAGAUUUGGUGCAGACACAACUGCUCCUCGCCCAAGGAUAUACUUUACAUCAACUAGGCCUUGGUGCUGAGGUCAAAGCAAGUCAUCCUCCGCCAAAUGCCUUUUCAAUCCAACUUAGACUGUGUGCUGAAGACCCAAGCAACGAGUUUUCCCUAAGUAUUGGCAAAGUUACUGGAUUCACCGUUCCUAGUGGCCACGGAAUCCGGGUAGACACCCAUAUCAGUGCCUCUGGCUCCCCACUUGUUGUGGGAUCCAACUUCGACAAUCUUCUAGCGAAGAUAAUCGUGACUGCGCCAACCUGGGAAGCAUCGGUUAGAAAAACCCAGCGGGUCUUGGCUGAUUCUAGGAUUGACGGUGUGAAAACUAAUAUCAGCCUUCUACGAGGGAUCGUGGCCCAUCCUGAUUUCAUGGCCGGCAAAGUCGACACCCAAUGGCUUGGGCUCAACCUCGGCGCAGUACUCCAACAAGGGGAGAACAUAUCAAAGACUGUUCAUGAGCAGGAUAUUCCUAGCCCUUCACAGCAAAUUCACACCCAAAGCGGGCUACCAGCCUCAAAUCUCCUGUUCCGAAAAGGAGAUGCAUGGUCGAUCACGUUGGAACCUCUGUCUAAAGAUUCCCAACAAUCAGACAAAAUUGCCCAUCAUCUGCGCCUGUCACGGGUGCUACGCAAUGAGUUCCCUACAUCACUGACUGCCGAAAUCGAAUAUACAACGCCAACCUCACAGGGUGCAAUCCCUUAUCGGAUGCAACUUGAAACUACUACGACUGCUGCGUCGGCAUUAGUGUCCUCCUCGCAUCGACGAGGUGAUCCAAAGAACCCGCACCACAUCAUCCUCCCCCUUUCUGGCAAGUUGAUUGAGAUACUGGUCACGGAUGGAGAAGAUGUUGUUGAAAACCAGGUCCUAGCUUUCGUCAAGCAGAUGAAGAUGGAGCUCGAAGUACGAAGCCCUCGGAGUGGUCGAGUCAAAUGGGUUUAUGAGAUGGAAGAUGAAGAGGAGGAUGUUGCUGAGGGUAUGCUACUAGUUGAGUUGGAGCCAACCAAUGGCAAGGUGGAAGUUCGGGGCAAGUUAUGA